UCCAUAAACACAACCAGAACAGCACGCUAGCACGACGUCUGAGUUGGAAUUCAUUGAAUUAGAAUAAAUGUACAGUCCCCCCUCAUAAACAUAUUCUCAUACUUAAAUGUUGUCACGUUAUGAUGUUUAAACCAUAGAGUAAGCGAUGGAGUGUGACAUUUUGGACUCUUUGGAGCAACUCGGUUAUGAAGGUCCCCUGACGGAUGAGGCGGCGUUGCUCCAAGCCGCGCAGGGUGGCUUGUCGUCGGCGGAGUAUGUGGACUUGUGCCGGUGGUUGGUGUCCCGCUUAAAGCCGUUGUGUGGCCUGGAAGAGAGCAUCACCACCGGUCCAGAGGACUUGCUCAGCCUGGAGGUGGACCUUUGGGGCUUGCUGAAGGAGCUUUGCUGCCCGUAUCAAGUGACAGCGAUACAGAAGGGAAAGCCUAAAGACCAUCUCAAGUUUGUCUUGUUUUUAAGCUCCGAACUGCAGGCGGCGCAGAUUAUCAUCCGCAGACGAGGCCGCGUUCAGGGACAAAACGGGAGCUCGGUGUCUCGGGAGCUGCGGGAAAUCUGCCAGACCUUGAACGUGUCGCCGUGUAAGGGACAGGAUGCUGUGGAGUUUCUCUCGCUUAUCCAAAGCAAGGUGGAUACACUUGUUGAAAAGUGCCCAGAUGGCACUGUGGGAAAGCCUGCUUUGAAGAAUGCUCUCAGCAGUGAACAAUGGGAGAAGUUACACAGCAUGAAUGCGCUCAUGUCGUCAGAGUACGAGUGUCGGCGCAGGAUGCUCAUCAAGCGGCUAGAUGUCACCAUUCAGUCGUUCGGCUGGUCCGACAGGGCCAAGGCAAAGGUGGACAGCAUGGCUCGAGCGUACCAGCCCAAGAGGCACGCGCUGAGGGCUGAGGCCACGGUGGACGCGGCCGCCCUGUUAGCCGGCAGAGAGGACGUCUGCCACGUGGUAAAGACCAGCAGCGGUGCCAGCAGGGCGAACACCGCCUGCGCCGUCAACAAGAUUCAAAUGGGGAGAGUUCCCGACCGAGGUGGACGCCCCUCUGAGAUAGAAGCCCCACUCCCCGAGAUGCCCCCUUGGCAGAAAAGGCAAGAUGGAGGAGGGAACUGGGGAGGUCGUGGGCAAAGAGGAGGAGGUGGGUGGCGAGGAGGUGGAGGUGGAGGCGGUGGAUGGGGAGGCAGAGGAGGAGGCGGUGGAUGGGGAGGUGGAGGAGAUUGGCAUGGUGGGAGACACAACCACGGAGGACACGGUGGAAAGCGAGGACGGUACCAGUAUUGAUUUGAUUUAUUUAAAAAAAUUUUAUGAGUAGUCAAAACAUUUACAUUAAUUGAACAAAAUAAAAAAAAAAGCUCAGUCAAUAGUGGAUUACGCAAUAGAACAGACACUUUUGUACCAGCAAUCAUCAACCUCAGUAACCUCUCAAUGUAUUUCAUGAAAAUAUUAUUCCUUCCUUAAACAUGUGCUGGUGGAAUACAGUGAUGCCUUGAGAUGCAAGUGACCCGAAUUUUCCAGAUAUGAGCCGUCUCUCGAUAUUUUUGGUCUGACUUGCAAGCGCGGACUUGAGAUACGAGCGCUGUAUGGUGUCAGUAAACUCAAUUCACUCCACAAUAAUCAGCACUUAUUAAACAAUGCAUCCAGAAAAA